AUGUGGGAACCGGUUAAUUUGUCAAAUGUGUGCCUUCCCAAUUCUAAUUUAACUGCCUGUUCUUAUUUUGGAUACGCUUUCCUAAAUCUCAUAGUUAAUUUGUAUGGAAAGCCACAAUUUGAAAACACAGAGAACAAACAUUUCUGUAAUGAGACGUACGAUUUUAUUAUUGUUGGUGCCGGGACAUCUGGGAGCGUUCUUGCGAAACGGUUAAGUGAAAAUUCUAAGUGGAGGGUACUCUUAUUAGAAGCGGGUGGCGAAGAACCAAUAGUAACAAAUAUUCCGAGUUUGUCUUCUGCCCUCUUAGGAUCAAGUUCUGAUUGGCAGUUCACCACAGAGCCUAACGGGAAAAGUUGUCUGGCAAACAAUGGAAGAUGUCCUUGGCCAAGAGGCAAAGGUAUGGGGGGUUCGAGUUCUAUAAAUUCAAUGUCAUACAUCAGAGGCAACAGAGGUGAUUACGACCACUGGGCAGAACUAGGAAACGUAGGAUGGGCAUACGAUGACGUUUUGCCAUAUUUCAAAAAAUCCGAGCGUAAUCUACAACCAGAAGUCGUAGAGCCUUAUUAUCAUGGCUUUAAAGGUGAACAACCAGUUGCCAGAUAUCCUUACAUUGACCAGCCAUCAAAGAUGCUUACUGCCGCUUUUAUUGAACGAGGGCUGCCAUUAAUUGAUUAUAAUGGAGCAAAACAAGAAGGCGUCAACCAGGCGCAAGCAUUUGUCUCAAAUGGUCAAAGGCGUUCCGCAAACAAAGCAUUUUUAGAACCCAUCAGGAAUAAAACGAAAAACCUUGUUAUAAAAAUUAAUUCUAAAGCAACUAAAAUUCUCAUUAAAGACAUGAAAGCUUAUGGAAUUGAAUAUGAAAAUAACGGCACAGUUUUCACUGCGUUCUCAAGUAAAGAGGUGAUUAUUUCUGCAGGAGCCAUAAAUUCACCACAACUACUGAUGUGGUCAGGAAUCGGUCUCAAAGAUCAGUUAGAAAGUGUUGGGAUUCCAGUCGUGAAAAAUUUGUCCGUUGGUAAGAAUCUUCACGAUCAUGUCACAUUUAAUGGUGUCUAUAUUGCACUACCAAAUAGAACAACAACAAGAGUAAGUAACGAAGAAGUAUUUAGGUACGUUGAAAACUUCUUUGAAAUGGAUCCAAAACAAAAUCCAUUAUCUGGUAACGGACCGCUUAAUACUAUUGCAUUUUUGAAAUCAAAGCCAAAUCUCAAGUACCCUGAUGUGCAGUAUCAAGUUGGAAGUAUACAUUCUUGGAGAGAAUUGGUAGCUAAUCUGACAUCCUAUUUGAAAGUACAAACUCUCCCAACAGCAUUUUACGAUUGCCUGUCUCCGAGAGCAGAAAACUUACAACCGAAAAGUCGUGGAGACGUGCGCCUGAAUCCCAAAGACAUCUACGGUUAUCCUUUGAUAAAUCCGAAUUAUUUUGGGGAGGAAGUGGAUUUGCUAGCUCUACUCCGCGGUGUGGAUUUCAUAUUAUCUUUGCGUCAUACGAAAGCGUUUAAGGAAAGCGGAGCGUAUUUUAUUGAAAUACCAUUACCGCCUUGCGAUAAGUAUAAAUGGGGAACGAAGGACUACUUUAUAUGUUUGAUGAAAACUUUCACAGGAAGUACAUAUCAUCCAGUUGGGACUUGUAAGAUGGGCCCGGAGUGUGAUUCAGAAGCUGUAGUAGAUUCAAAAUUAAAAGUGUAUGGAGUUGAUAGAUUGAGAGUAAUUGAUGGGUCAAUAAUGCCACGGGCUCCAUCUGGAAAUACUAACGCAGCUUGUCUUUUAAUUGGGGAACUUGGUGCAGAAUUCAUUAUUAACUAUUGGACACAAAAAUCUACAUAA